CGUUAAUAAUUGUACAAAAAUGAGGAUUAUAAUAUUGAAAUUUCCAACCAAAAUUUCAUCAAAUUUUGAUUUCAAUUUCAACAAAACAUUGCAACAUUAACCUUCAAGAUGGAACAAUAUAAUUCUUCCAGUUUACAACUUUGGAAAAAAGAUCUUUAUCGAAUUAAUGAUUCGGAUCUAGUAAAAUCUAUUGGUUAUCUUACAAAAACUACAAAUCAUUAUAUAAUGGUUACUCAUGAUCGUUGUACAACAUAUAUGCUUUGUCAUAUCCGUUAUCGUAGUCUAACACCAGACGGUAGGCCAAAAUAUGUUCAGGAACAACCGAUAAAAGUCGAUGAAUUGAAUGUUGAUGAUGGUAUUGUGUAUCAAUUUGGUGAUGAAUAUUCUGAAUGGACACCUUUAAAACAAUUCAAAUGUAUUUCGAAUGUUGAUCGAUUUAAAACUAUUAAAUGUGGCCGUGAUCAUUGCCUAUUUUUACGUAAUGAUGGUAAAUUAUUUGCAAUGGGUACCAAUCGUUCCGGACAAAUUACAGGUAGUGAAGAAUCAUACAAACGUAUGAUUGAUACAGGAUUGGAGAAUGUUUCCGAUUGUUUUUGCGGUGGUAAUCAUUCAUUCGCUGUUACCAAAGAUGGCAACAUAUUUGCAUGGGGCGAUAACGAAAGUGGACAACUUGGCCUUGGUGAUACAAGAAAUAGACAUCAGCCAACAUUGGUAAAGUUUCCGGAUUCAAUUCAAAAUGUUCGGCUAAAAGAUAUCGGUUGUGGUCAAGAUCAUACAUUGUUUCUAUUUGAAAAUGGUCAUCUAUAUGGUUGUGGUUCAAACAAAGACGGUGAACUUGGUCUAAAACGAAUCAAACAUGAAUCUCAAAUUCAUACAUUUCCAACAUUGAUUCCAAUUCCAACUCCCGUGUCCGUUAUUGCUUGCCUUAAUUCUGAACGAUUUUCAUUAGCAGCAAAUAAUGAUAAUCAUUAUUAUGCAUGGGGUGAAUUGGAUAGAGAACGAAUAUUUCGACCAAGAAAAUUGAAUAAAUCUAUACAAUCAUUUGCCGAUGUAACGGCAUUAUACUUUAAAGAUUAUCCAUUUACAUUUGGUAUGACAAAGAUUCUAUAAUUUAUUUUUGGAUACAAUAUAUUCUUGAAUAAAACAAAACA